AUGCCGGAGAAUCGGGAAAGCAAACGCAAACUUCGAGAAUCCACGGACAGCCGCGGACUCGACACCAGUCGUGUACGCGACACGACUCCCGUAGUCAACAGCAAAGACAAGGCUCGAGAGAAGACGUUCAUGGACCGAUGGGUCGAACCCACCCUUGCCGCCCCGAAGGCGAGUUAUCAGGAUCAUGGCGGUCUGCCCUACGGCGUCCUCGAGCACAUGCAGCCUCUUGGCGAGGCGCCGAGCGCGAAGGUCAAAGCACGGGUGAAGGGCGAGGGUACUCGCAAGUCUCUCCUGGGGCGAAAUGCAGCGAAUUUGGGCACCGAAGCUCAGGAUACCCCUGAAGGGUCACCAGUACCUUCGCGGUUGCCCCUGAUGGAGAAUGCAGAGGGUCUACCGAUCAUGAUUAAAGAGGACGAGAAAGAUGAGGACUAUGCACCGCAGUCUGGAAAGCGUGGGGAGCGGAAAACACGAUCAAGGGUGACCAAGCCAUCAGUUCGGAAAACAGAAUCGGCAGCAGUUGUCACGCCCCAAAAGAGCGAAAAGCAGGCUGCCUCGAGCGAGCCUGCCAGACCUCGAGGUGCUUGGUACAGCGCCGAGAAAUUACAGGAAGUCAUCGACUCGGCCAAACAACGCGCCCAUGCCGCGAACAGGCCUGAUCUCGCCGUGACUGUGGAUGAGAUUUACAAACUUAGCCACACCGACGACAACCUGAAGGAGCUUCUACGCAAGGUCUUGACUGAAGUAGCAUCCACUGAAGAGAGAAAGAUUUUCCAGGGCUACGUGCGCAAGAUACAAAAGCAGACGAAAGGUGCCAGAUCACACAAGCCUUCCCGACCGAUCCCAGAAGUUGUCGUUAAUUCCACAACACCCUCAGAUGCGACGCGAACAACGAGCAGUGGAACGAGCGAACCUACCACUGUGGUUGCGUCGCAGACUCCGACAUUGCCCAGGCCCCGGAUUUCUCUGAAAGUGCGAAACCCCGCCAAGCACGCGGAGACGCAAAAUGGAGCCCACGCAAGUCGCAAAGAAUCGCCCAAGAAAAGACCUGGCAGUGCUGGCAGUGACUCUUCGCUCACACAAUUUACGUCUGACGAGGAUCGUCCCGAGUCUGCCAAAAAGCCUGCAUCAAAAGCAAAUGGCAGCACUGAUGAGCUCAAAGGUCGGACUCGAAACUUACUCACAGUCAACCUUCAAGCACAAAAUGCUCUUUCGCCGAAUGAUGCCGGCUUACGUUCACCAGGACGGAUAGGCAAGCGUUCUUCUGCGGAAGCAUUUUCAGACAAUGAGGAGCUCGGGCAGCCCAAGUCUAGCAGCAAGAAAUCCAAGGCUGAAGCACAGCCGAUAAAACUCGAGAGCGCGCCACCUGCCCUACCAAGUGACAAGAGAACCAUCGAAAACGGUCAGGCAGAUGGCAUCGCACGCCUUAAGCACGAAUUAGGUGCUGCAGUGAUACGGGAUUAUGAUUUUGAAGAGAGCAAUCUGCGGCCAGCGCGAGAGCCAACCGUGACUGCCUCGCGCUCGCAUCGAACACGACACAGUGCACAAGCUGUCCCGACAGCUAAUGGGCUAUCUACGCACAAUACAACUGACCAUAACAGUCGAGCAUCUUCCAUGAUGAUUGAUGGUUCACCGCUAUCUGACCUUUCGCCAGUCCUUUCAGGACACAGUACACCACAGUGGGCAAAUCCACCCAAAAACCUCGGAAAGCGCGCAAAGACGAAGAAGUCACCAGAGAAAAAACAGACAUCAGCAUUUGGCGGAUUACCUGUCGCCGGUGCCACGGAGAAGGGAAGCCCGAUCGGGGAUGAUGACAAUGAAGAGGCUUCUGAGAACAACGACUUUUGCUCGGCGUGUGGCGGAACCGGUUAUCUCCUUUGCUGCGACGGCUGCGACCGUUCAUUCCACUUCUCAUGCCUCGAUCCACCCAUCAGCGACGACGCGAAAGAACUCGAUGAGCCUUGGUAUUGUUUUGUUUGCAUCGUGGCCAAGCGACCGUUUGCCGACUCACCGGAAAAGCCCACGCGAGGGCUGUUCGCGCCACUGCUCGGCGUACUGAAGAAGAAGAAUCCCACCAAUUUCACGCUGCCUUUGGAAGUGCGUGAUUAUUUCGAGGGAGUCGCCGCCGAUAAGAACGGCAAUUUCGUGGAAUCGCUGUCGAAAACCACUAGGCAUCGCCCCGGCUAUGGAGAUGAGCAACCAGACUACUUGAGAGAACGCGACAAUAAAGGCAACCUGAUACUUUGCUAUCAUUGCGGGCUGUCUUCACGGCGGCAAAACGCCAUUGUCACCUGCGACUUUUGUGCACAGCCAUGGCAUCUCGAUUGCUUGGAUCCGCCGUUAGCCAACCCGCCAGCCGUGAGUCAGAAUGGUCGCAAGGUCCAUGACUGGAUGUGCCCACUGCACGCCGACCAGGAGCUGCGCAAGGUCGACGCGUCCGUGCUAAAUCGUCGACAAUUCCAUCAACGCAAGCCCAAGAACGCGAAACUUGUCGAGUCGAGUCUGACGCGUGGCUUUCGCAACAACGGAAUCAUCGAGAUCCUGGAGGAUGAAUCGGAAAGCUCAGAUUCGGAAUUCUACGAGCACGAAGACACGCCGGUAGUAUAUAAAUUGCCUGCGAAGGGCAUCAUGUUGGAUUUCAUUGACAAGGUCAAAACGACGCGCGUGCAAUCCAUCCGCGACCAAAGCGCGCAUGACCGGCACAGGCGACGCCAACGCCCCACGCCUACUCCCACGCCGACGAAACACGCGCCAAGUCCGCUUGAACAGGCCAAUUUCGCCAAACGACCUUUCAUCGAGCAACAAUUGGCACUCAAUCUGGCACAGUUUGCAAGUGAGCAGAAUGAUCUCGACUUGGGUCGCGACAAGGUCACCACUCUUGUCGGAACUCUCAUCGCCGAGGCUCCAUCCGAGGUCAUCGCACAGAUGAUGAAGGCUGUAGAUGAAGAAGCGCCUCGCUCGGCUGUGACGUCUGCUGUCCCAUUGUCGCCGCCGUCGUCGGAGAAGAAGGCCGAACAAUUAUCCGCUGACCAACGCAAGGAGCUCGAGAUGCUCCAGGAGCUCAUCCGUCGGAAAUUGAAUUGCGGCCUAUCAUGAGCGUAGCUGUAGGCUUUGUUGUACGCUCUACUGUGAUGGUGCUGAGCUGCUGUCGACGGGCGCCGUUGUUGUGGGAUGCUUGGCUCGCAGACAGCCCACGCCUGAAGCCAUUCUUUCCCAAUUCCUAAAUCAUCACCACCAGCUGCAGCUCAUCAGAAGCGUUGCUGUUGAUCGAAACCAGGCAUUUUGCAAGCCGAGCGAGCGCUUCGCUGUCUCUACAAGACCUACGC